AUGGCAUCGAAACGCAAGGCUGCGGCCAUGAAUGCCGCCGCUGCGGUUAACGAAGAACCAGUUGAUCCCUCGGACGAACUCAUGUUUCUCUGCCUAGGUGGAGGAAACGAGGUCGGAAGGUCGUGCCAUAUCGUCCAAUACAAGGGGAAGACUGUCAUGCUUGAUGCUGGUCAGCACCCGGCCUACGACGGCCUAGCCGCGCUUCCGUUCUACGACGACUUUGAUCUGAGCACUGUAGAUGUGCUCCUAAUCAGCCAUUUCCACGUCGACCAUGCAGCAUCGCUACCAUACGUCUUGUCCAAGACCAACUUCAGGGGACGAGUCUUCAUGACGCACCCCACAAAGGCCAUCUACAAGUGGCUCAUCCAGGACAGCGUGCGCGUGGGCAACAGCUCGUCAAACCAGUCGACGCAGCCCGUGUACACGGAGCAGGACCACCUGAACACGUUCCCGCAGAUCGAGGCCAUAGACUACCACACGACGCACACCAUCUCGUCGAUCCGCAUCACGCCGUACCCGGCCGGCCACGUGCUAGGUGCGGCCAUGUUCCUCAUCGAGAUUGCCGGGCUCAAGAUCUUCUUCACGGGCGACUACUCGCGCGAGCAGGACCGACACCUGGUGUCGGCCGAGGUGCCCCGCGGGGUCAAGGUCGACGUGCUCAUCACCGAGUCGACGUAUGGCAUCGCGUCGCACGUGCCCCGUGUGGAGCGCGAGCAGGCCCUCAUGAAGACGAUCACGGGCGUCCUGAACCGCGGUGGCCGCGCCCUUCUGCCCGUCUUCGCCCUCGGCCGCGCUCAGGAGCUCCUACUCAUCCUCGACGAGUACUGGGCGAAGCACCCCGAGUUCCAGCGGUACCCCAUCUACUACGCCAGCAACCUCGCCCGCAAGUGCAUGCUCGUCUACCAGACGUACGUCGGCGCCAUGAACGAUAACAUCAAGCGCCUGUUCCGCGAGCGCAUGGCCGAGGCCGAGGCCACAGGCGACGGCGCCGGCAAGGGCGGACCCUGGGACUUCAAGUACAUCCGCUCCCUCAAGAACCUGGACCGCUUCGACGACGUGGGCGGCUGCGUCAUGCUCGCCAGCCCCGGUAUGCUCCAGAACGGCGUGAGCAGGGAGCUCCUCGAGCGCUGGGCCCCCAGCGAGAAGAACGGGGUCAUCAUCACCGGUUACAGUGUCGAGGGCACAAUGGCCCGCCAGAUCAUGCAGGAGCCCGACCAGAUCCAGGCCGUCAUGUCCCGCAGUAUGGCCGGCGCUCGCCGCGGCGGUGGCGGCGGCGGUCCCGAUGAGAAGGUCCUCAUCCCCAGGCGCUGCAGCGUAGCUGAGUAUUCGUUCGCCGCUCACGUCGAUGGCGUGGAGAACAGGGAGUUUAUCGAGGAAAUGUCCUCUCCCGUUGUGAUCCUCGUCCACGGCGAGCAACACAACAUGAUGCGCCUCAAAUCCAAGCUACUCUCGCUCAACGCCUCUAAGACCAACAAAGUCAAGGUCUUCUCCCCGCGCAACUGCGAGGAGCUCCGCAUCCCCUUCAAGUCAGACAAGACAGCCAAAGUAGUUGGCAAGCUGGCGUCGAUCCCUCCCCCUCUGCCAACCAAGCGUGGCCGGGACGAGGACGGGGCCAAGAACGCCCAGGCAGCGGACGACGUCGACGCGCCCCUCGUAUCAGGUGUGCUCGUUCAGAACGAUUUCAAGCUCUCGCUCAUGGCACCCGAAGACCUCCGCGAGUACGCCGGCCUGAGUACGACAACCAUAACAUGCAAGCAGCAUCUCCGCCUGAGCGCGGCGGGUGUCGACCUGAUCCGCUGGGCCCUGGAAGGAACCUUUGGCAGCGUCGAGGAGCUCCCCGAGAUGCGCAAGGCCGCCAACGGCAAGGCCAAUGGCAACGGGGUCGAGAGCGACGAGGACGACAAGACGGUCAAGGGCGAAGAGGAGGAGGAAGGGGGAGGGGAGCGCCGGAUUGGGCAGCAGGAAGCGGCGGACGAGGAAGUCUCCCGUCUGGUGGCAGCGUACCUGGUAAUGGGGUGCGUGGCAGUGCGUUACCGCAGCGACGGCAACGUCGAGCUGGAGUGGGAGGCCAACCUCCUCAACGACGGGAUAGCGGAUUCCAUCAUGGCCGUCCUGUUCUCGGUAGAGAGCUCCCCGGCCGCCGUCAAGAGAUCGGGCAACGGCCACUCGCACUCGCACGAUCAUCAUCAUGAUCAGCAGCUCAAGCAGAGACGGGAGCAGAGGAUGGCCAACCCUCACAGCAGGCCCUCCCCCGCAGACCGUCUCGAGCGUCUCCUAUGGUUCCUAGAAGCCCAGUUCGGCGCCGACAACGUCGCCCCCGUGGAGACGCCCAAGCUCGCGCCUGCCCCCGGCCCGGCCCCCACCCCCGCUGGAUCGGCCGCUGCCGCUGCAGCAACCGAUGCCGUCGCCAAGACCGAGGACGAAGAAGGACAAGAUAUCAUGGAUAUGGAGCGCGGGGGGGACCAAGAGGAAGACCGACAGAAGAAGGAGAUUGAGCGUCUGCACAAGAUUGGCAUUCCCGUCCCGGGUGUAUCCAUCUCGGUGGACAGAAUGCACGCUACCGUCUGGCUCGAGAGGCUCGAGGUGGAGUGUAACAACAAGGUUUUUGCCGAUAGGGUCAAGGCCGUGGUCGAGAGGGCUGUCGAGGUGACGGCUCCUCUAUGGGUGUAG